AUGGCUUUCCUCAAGAGGGUCGAAGACAGGCCGACACCUGCGUCGGUCUACAAUUGGCGUGUAUGGAUGCUCUCGUUUAUCGCUUCGUUUGCGUCGAUCAUGAUCGGCUACGAUAGCGCGUUCAUUGGUGGUACACUCGCACUGCCCUCGUUCACAAAGUCGUUUGGCAAGCUGAAUGCCAACACCUCGGGCAACCUGGUAUCGACCUACCAGGCAGGCGCCUUUUUCGGCGCUUUCCUCGGUCACCCUAUUGGUCACUUUUUCGGUCGCAAGCGUGGCUUGUUGAUCACCUCGAUCGUCUUUACGAUCGGUGCUGCCAUCAUGACCGCCGCUUCGCCCGCCACCCACCUGACGCCCAUCUACGUGGGCCGUGCGAUUGCCGGUCUCGCUAUUGGUGCUGCCUCGAACCUCACGCCCAUGUACAUUUCCGAGAUCGCCCCCGCGCCCGCUCGUGGCCAGGCGAUCGGUGUCUACGAGAUUGGCUGGCAGAUCGGUGGCAUCGUCGGUUUCUUUAUCAACUACGGUGUCAUUCAGACUCUGCCUCCCUCGGUCAAGCAGUGGCGCAUUCCCUUUGCGGUGCAACUGAUUCCCGGUGGAAUGCUCAUGAUUGGUUCCCUCUUCCUCGUCGAAUCACCACGAUGGCUGCUCUCCCGUGGAAGGGUCGACGAGGCCCAGCAGAAGCUCGCCUAUAUCCGCCAGCUGCCCACAGACCACCCUUACUUUAUCGAGGAGUUCAACCAGAUGAGCCACUCGAUCGAAGAGAACAAGCGCGUGGCAGGUGGCGACUCUUACUUUGCGCCCUUUAGGUACGUCUUCCGCCAAAAGCACCUUCUCCGCCGCCUUGCCUUUGGUUCGUCGCUCUUCAUUUUUCAAAACGGUACGGGAAUCAAUGCGAUCAACUACUAUUCUCCGACGGUAUUUAAGAGUCUUGGUAUCGUCGGCACCUCGACCGGCCUGCUCGGCACCGGCUGCUUUGGCGUUAUCAAGACGAUCGGAUCGUUUGUCUUUAUCCUCUUCCUCGUCGAAACCGUCGGCCGUCGACGCCUGCUCAUGAUCUCGUCCACCGGUGGCGCCGCCGCCAUGUACUACAUUGCGGCCUACAUUGCAAUCGCCAAGCCGACGCUGCACAAAAAGUCGUCUAUCGACGGUCCCGGUGCGUCGGCGCUCGCAUUUUUCUACAUCUGGACGUGCUUCUACUCGUUCGGUUGGAACCCCUUGCCUUGGGUGUAUGGUGCCGAGUCGUUUGACAACACCGCGCGUCCAGUUGCGCAGAUCUUUAUGGCCGCCAGCAACUGGCUCUACAACUUUGUCAUCUCACAAGCGACGCCGCACAUGUUCCAACGCAUGGGUUGGGGCGUAUACGCGUUUUUCGCCAGCUGCAUGGUGGUCAGCGUCUUCUGGAUCUACUUCCUCAUGCCCGAGACCAAGGGCAUCCCGAUCGAGGAGAUGGACAACCUGCACGAAAAGCGACCUGCGCGCCACGCGCACAGAAUGGUCAUGGAGGAGCUCAGGACCAAAGCAGCAGAACAGCGCGGAGAAGCCGUGCUCGCUAACGACGGCUACCAGCCAUCCGACACAGCGAGCAGCAACGAAAAGGAGGACAACAACCAGGUCAAGAUCAACACCGCUUGA